CCCCCCCUCCGCCUUCAAGCUCAUAAUUGCGCCACGGCCUUGCAUUCCUGAUGGGGACUUUCUGUCUCCCUCAGGGCCACCAUAGCGAGCCAUGGCUUCCUUCGCUCCCAUGGCAACUGUGCCCGGCUUGUGUUGUCGUCGCGAGUUCCGUGAAAGCGGCUCUGGAGCCCCGAGGCCUGCCGAGCCCGGAGCGAUGGCUUCUCCAGUCCGGUUCGAGACAUCGAUGGCCAACCUCCAGGCUCAGCUGACCGCCCAAAAACUGAGGAGCCCCUCAGCUUUCAGCCUGCGGGAUCGGCUGUCGGAGUCGGACCUUAGCGGCAGCCUGGAGCAGAAUAAUCAUCUGAAAUCUGUGGACCUUAAUCAUGUUAUCAAGCUACUUGAAGAGACUGAAUCAAGUGAUUUGGAAGAACAGUUGCAAGCUCUAAAAAAUGUUGUAAAACGGUAUGAAACUGGGAUUCCCCUUAAAGAGUUAACAAGAAUCUCUAAACUUUUAAACCUGUGUGGAGAGAAAAUUCCAAACCACAGUGAGUUUAUAGAACCUACAUGUGAAAUUAUUAAACUAUAUCGAUUGCCAUUUUGUAAAAAGAAGUUAACUGAUGAAGUAAACUACUCCAGAGAAGCUCAAGAAUCAAUUGCACAAUUGGGCUAUUUGAUGAGGGUGCAAUGUUCUCAACUAAGAAUAACAAUCUGUAAAUGUAUUAUUAGCUUUUAUCAUCCUGAGCCACCAAAGAAAGAAUUUGAAGUUUACCAAGCUCUAAGUUCAAACUAUAAAAGGAAGAUGGUGGAAUUAGGAGGGUUAGCCGAAACUGUAGUCUUGGCGCUGUCAUUAGCUGAAAAUGAACUUACUGUAAAAUUAUGGAUAAUUAAAACACUGCAACAUCUUUCCACUGCUGAGGCAAACUGCCAGUUUAUGUUGGAUGCGGAAGCACCGAGAAGAUUGUGCUCUCAUAUGAAUGAGUCUGAUUCCACUGGGCAGCUGCUAUUCCGGUCCUCAGAAAUUCUCUGGAAUUUAUUAGAAAACACUUCUAGGGAAGAAAUGGUUCCUCAGCUCAGUAACUUGGAAUGUGUAAAUGCUCUGAAAGAAGCAUUUACCAAUUUACUUCUACGCGGUUCCCGCAAUUAUGAUCGUCAGCUAAGAAAUGACAUUUUGGUGAUAUCCACUCUCAUUGCGCAAAACCCUGGAGCACCAAUGAUUGAAACUGGAUUUUCCAAGCAGCUAAUACUUUUUGCUACUUUUGUUGAAGUGAAAAGCCAGAGUCCUUUGGUAAAGGGCUUCAAACUGACGUACACUAAUGAAGAUUUUGAAUUGAAAAAACUGCUGCUUAACAUGCUUACUGUACUAGCAAAAGAUUUGUGUACAGUACAGCUGCUCCAUGAGGGUAAAGUGAUGCUGGCAUUGUUUUAUUAUGUAAAACCACAUGAAAAGCCCGGAGUUCUCGACUGGUCUGUAGCCCAGCAUGAAGAAUUACAGCUUCAUGCAAUUGCUACUUUGGCUACAGUGGCUCCUCUGCUGGUAGAAGAUUACAUGAUGUGCCAAGGAAAUACUCGCCUUCUCAUGUUUCUAGAAUGGUGUGCAAGCAAUGAUCCCUUUGUUGGCCAAGGCAACAGUUUCCAUGGUACAGGUGGUCGGGGCAACAAACUUGCACAGAUGCGCUACUGCUUAAGAGUGUUGAGUCCUGUUGUGUCCCUUUGUGAUGAGACUGUGAAUCUUGAUCUUUGUGAUCAGGGAGCAAUUAAUCAACUAUUGGGCCUCUUAAAGUAUACCUCCAACAAUUACAAAGAAGAGGAAAUUGUGUUGGAAAUUCAGACUGAUAUUUUACUUAUCUUGUCGACCCUUUGUGAAAAUGAUACGCAUAGAAAGGAACUCUUUGGAUGGGAAGGAGUGGAUACACUUAUUCCAUUUCUGAAGUUGGAUGCAAAGAAAUUCUAUGGUGGACUGGGUCAUCAUCGACUUCUUUUUAGCACUUUGGACUGCUUAUGGUGCUGUGUCAUGGGCUGUACCAUUUUAGAGGACUAUUUUCUUGAAAAGGAGGGUCUCUUCCUCCUCCUGGAUUUGCUGGUGUUGAACCAAAGGAAUGUUUGCAACCAAAUUCUUGGGAUCCUCGUUGAAUUUUGCGACAACCCUAAAGCUGCUUCUCAUAUCAAUGUCUGGCGAGGGAAAAAAGAGCAGACUGCAGCAAAUCUGUUAAUAGGUUUGUGGAGACAAGAGGAGGAGGAGCUGGGUGUGAAACAUGACAAAGUUGGGAGAAUCGCUGAUAUAAAGAGGCCGUUAGUUGGCCAUUUCCAAGCACAUCAAUCAGUGACUCCGAUGCCUGCCAGAUGCCCGACGGUUGCCAUCAUGGAUGUUGCUGAAAACAUGAGAGCAAAGAUUUAUUGCGUCAUCUGUAAGCUAGGCUUUGAGAAUUUGCCUGGCCUUUCUGCAAAGGAUUUUGUUACGCUUGCUAUCAUACGAAGAUAUCUUGAUUUUAAGGUUGGUGAAAUCUGGGCUGAAAUAUGUGCAGAACUUAAAGAAGAAAAGUUCAAGCCAGUCACUCCUGAUCAGGAAGCAAUACGGGUCAUCACGGAAACAUUUUCAAAAGUUGGAAAGAUGGUUGUCUCCCUGCAGACUGAAAUGCUGGAAAGCCAUCAAUAUCAAGAACGUCUGGAGGAGCAAAAAAGUUAUUCCAAGAUUCAAUCUCUCCAUAAGCAGAAGGAUAUGGUAAAUAAGUCCUGGCAAAAUUUCUUAACCCGGACAUCAAAUUAUGAGGCUUUAAAGAAAGCAAAAAAGAUUCAGGAAAAAUCCAUAGAAGAAUCUAGGUCAAAGACAAGACGGCCGAAUAUAACAUUUCAUCCAACUGAUAUUAAAAAACUAAAUACAACUAUUGCAGCUGGUCGCUUAAUAACAGUGGAAAGCACUCCACCCGAAUUGACUGGAGGGCCACUAGCUGACACUGAGCUUGCACUCAAAAGACUCCCUAUUUGCGGAGGAGCCUUGCAAAGGGUCAAAGGCGUGAAAGUGAUGGUGCCGUUAAAAAAAGAUUCACUAUCUGUAAAGUAAAUAUCAUCCAGUACUGCUUCAGAGAGCACUCUUUAUUUUUAGUUGAUUUAUAUAUACACACACAUAUAUAUAUAUAAAUUUAUAUUUUAAGCAUCUAAACAUUGUGUAAGAUAUAAAUUAUUUGUACCUGUAAGCCAUAUAAUCAUUUUGAGAUAGAUAAGAAUCUAUUUCUGUUUGAGAAAUAAUGUGGACAUCAUGAUGCUCAUGAAUAAAUUCAGUGCACCACA